AUGUCGCUGCUGGGCGUGCUUGCCCCUUACUGUGUGCUGCACUCUGCCCCACGCGAUGUCUGCUGCUCUGCUUCAGAGUCGCUAUGUGCAUCGGCAUGCUGCCGAAGAAAUGCCAGAGUAUUUCCAUCUUGGUUUUGCAUGCAACCAUGUCACAAACCCUGGGUCGCGAACUUUUGGAUGACGGGUCUUGGUCGUAGGAUGCUGAUGCUUGUCUAUCCCAGCAGGAACAGCUACUUUAAGCAUAGUGAUAGAGGUGACGCUGAAACACGAAAUUUGAAACGGCUGAAUAUGUCCAUAUCUUGGUGCAUGAACACGGCGAGUCGGCCGCCCACGAGUGAUACCAUUUUGGUUUGGCGGUUUUUCUGCUUCGUCUUUGAAAAAGCCGCCUUGUCAAGCGCGUUGCCUAGCCUGCCUCGGUACAGUACCUGA